AUCACCGUCCUUUCCUUCUUCUAUUCUCCUCAUCUCUCCCUCUCUCUUUCCUCUACCUAAUCAAUACUCUACGUUCUCGUUUCUCCGCACCUCCCACUUACAUCUCCCAUUAAGCGCACACCCAGAGGUCGUAUAUGUAACUAUCUCCUUUAUUAAAUUAUUUUAUCUCGACCAACCAGCGAACAACGAUAUAUAAUAAUUUAAGUAUGAGCUGCAAUGGAUGCCGAGUUCUGAGGAAAGGGUGCAGCGAGAGCUGUGUGCUCAGGCAUUGUUUGCAGUGGAUUGAGAGCCCGGAAGCUCAGGCUCACGCCACUUCUUUUGUGGCCAAAUUCUUCGGCCGCGCUGGGCUCAUGUCUUUCAUUUCUGCUGUUCCUCAAGCCCAGAGACCUGCAAUAUUUCAAUCCUUACUGUUUGAGGCUGCGGGACGCACGAUAAACCCUGUGAACGGAGCCGUGGGGCUUCUAUGGACAGGGAAAUGGCACGAGUGUCAAGCGGCUGUGGAAACAAUUCUCCGCGGUGGUACUCUGCGUCCAGUUUCAGAGUUCCCCUCAGCAGGACUAAAUGGAGUAGUAUCUGAUUUAUCCAACAUGUUCAAGCAUGGAAACGAGGUCUCGAGUUCAAGAUCAAAGCGCAGACGCCUAUGCGAAUCAUCCAAGCUUUCACAAGUGGUUGAUCUUGAUCUCAGCUUAACGCGAGGCUACGAGGUUUCAGAUAAAAGGCGGCUGGACACUGUUUCCAGAAACUCUGAGGAAUCUGUGACAACUACUUGGUUUGGAGCCGGAGAACCUAAACUUCUGAACUUGUUUUGAAUUGGGGAAGAAAAUUAUAAAUGAACAUCCAUGAGAGCUGUUGCGCAACACAGCCGAAGGAUUUCUUGUGAGGUUUCUUUUGUUUCUUAGAAGGAAAAAAGUGAGGUUUUCUUACUUUCUUAUGAGGGUUAAUAAUUACGGAUUAAGUAAUUAGAAGUUUUUCAGAAACUUCAUCUUUUUGCAGCAGUUGCUCUUGUAGCUUCUUCUUUAGCUAGAUUGAGCGAUCAUAUGUAUGGUAAAUUGGUAAUUGAGUAAAGUUAUUACUGCUCGA